AUGCCUGAUCCUUUGCAAGAACGACAAUGUUGUCCAUGCCCCCGGAGACGAGUCGCAGUUGCGAAUAGCACCAGCGAGACGACGGACGAAGUGGUCAGGAUUCCUUCCACAUCAACUUUUCAGACGAGCCCUUCCAGUUCCUACAACAAGGACAUUGGGAGAUUUGGGAGAUCUGCUGAGGAGUCCGAUGAUGAAGAGGAGGAACAGAUGGAUCACACGGGAAGUAUGUUUGUGAUGCUGGAGCGCAACAGAUUUCGCAAGGUCUGGACAGGCAUAGUGACGGUGCUGCUGAUGUACAUAGGAACCUGGUUCCUAUUCCAGCUCACCUUUAUAGACUUGCACAAGCCGGACCCAAUGCAGGUGGCGGACUUUUUGGGAAUGAAUCCUGAUGUUUGGGAGGUAUGGUCAAGAUUUGUGGAUGGCCUAUUCAUUUUCGACUCUUUUAUUUAUUUCUUCUUCAGCUUCAAAGACGAGAAGGGGCGAGAGGUUGAUUGCUGGCCUCAGAUUGCCAGACGGUAUGCAUGUGGAAGCUUCAUCAUUAACAUCAUCGCUUCUCUUCCAGACGAGGCGGCUGCGGAGUUGCUGAAGGGCCUAAGUGGAGAUGGUGCGUCUGAUACCAGUGCGCACCAGGCAGCAAGGACCAUGCGUUUGCAGCGGGCAUCUCGACUAUUUCGACUUGCUCGCAUAGGGCGUCUGGCCAAACUCACCGCAAUGAAGAAGAGUCCUUUGUGGAAAUGGCUACAGACUUUGCGUGGCGUACGCAUUAUCAAUGUCUUGGUCGGUCUCUUCUUCAGUGUUCACUUGCUUGCAUGUGGCUGGUACAUGUGUGCAUCGCUGCACACUGAUGCAACGGACACAUGGCUGGCGCGGAGGACAGUCGAUCGAAAUGGAGAGAUUAGCUUGCUCGAGGAUCAUGAUCCCGGCUUGCAGUGGCUUCAUGCGAUGUAUUUUAUUUUGACGGUCUUCACGACAGUAGGCUUUGGUGACAUUGCUGCAAUGACACCAGGUGAGAUUUUCUACGUUAUCCUGACAUUCCUGAUUGGUGCAGUGGUUCACAGUAUCAUUAUCGGAGAGGUGAUCAGUGCCGUAACACGCGUGGAUGAACGUGGGCAAUUUGUCACCGAACAAAGAGGGCUCAUGGAGAAGUUCGCUUCCCACACCGAGCUGGGUGAAGAGUGUGUGUCGGAGUUGCAGAAUUGGGUUUCUGUCGAGGCCACGAAGUGGAUGACACAAAGGUACGACAAGGAAGGUGUGCGAGCACUUCUAACUGGAAGGCACAUGUACCGCAAUUUGGAGAGCAUGAUACCUCCUUUGCUCUUCAAGGGUCAGUUCACUACCAAUCGUUUCUUCUCUGCUCUUCCGACCAAGCGGAUGGACGAACUACCUCCUCGAUUGCCGAUGCUUUUGGCUCUGAACUCCCACAGGCAGUACUUCCAGAAGCAGGAGCACAUCUAUCAAUGCCAAGAUUUCUCAAAUCAUAUUUUCCUGGUUGCCAACGGCGUAUUCGCCCACGUUGGUGUCGCAAAGGAGUCGGGCGGCGAGGACGUCAAUGCCAUCAGUCAGGGCAUGGGUAGGUGGCUGGCGGCUGUGAAAGUCAGUGUCAGCGAAGGUUCUCAACACACCUAUCCAUACCAGCUAUUCAGCCGGGCCAGCUACUUUGGAGAGUAUGGGGUUCUGUUCAAUCAGCCACGCGAAGCAACUGCUCGCUGCGAGGCACGGGGCAGUUGCAUUGUGGUUCCCAAGACGGAGAUCGAGAGGUCAAUGGUCGACUUUCCAGAGUUCUCAUCUUUGUGGACUUCUUUAGCAGAAAGCCGGGAAAAACUUCGUGUCCAACUCAGAAAAAGGCUGACGGUGGGCCGAAGCUACAAGCAUUUGGCCGCCUCUCAUAUCCAAAGCUUCUGGCGUCGAAUACAUCCUCCUCUACACCCUCCCAAUCUUACUGCGGCCAAAGAUGCCCUGGAUGAAGAGAGUCCUGAAUCACUGACAGCCAUCACACAAGUCCCUGGACAGUUGUUCAGAAGAGUUUCCGCAGCAUUAGAUGUGGAAAGGCUUGAGAGCCAUGAUGUGCUGCAGAAUGCGGAUCAUCCAGGUACGGAAGAUCGCGUGAUGAUCAGGAGGGAGGAAAUGACCGAUUUGAUCCGUGAAAUCAAAUCGCUCCGCUCGGAGAUCGCGUCCUUGAGGCCUAUUGUCGAACCGACUUUGAGUACCCUGCGCGGAACAGACAACAUUUUCUUUUCAGUGGGCAGAUGGCUAAGGCUCUACAAGAUCUUCGAUGAAAUCCUGGUCAAUGCCGCCGACAACUAUGUUCGCGACAAUUCUCAGACCUAUGUGAAGGUAACGAUCAAUGAGAAGGAAGGCAGUGUGACGGUCGAGAACAAUGGCAAAGGUUUGCCAGUAGAGGAACACAAAGAACAUCGCAUGUAUGUUCCGGAGCUUGUAUUUGGCCAUUUGUUGACAAGUGACAACUACGACGAUACAGAGAAAAAGGUCACCGGUGGUCGAAACGGCUAUGGAGCAAAGCUCACCAACAUUUUCUCCAAAAGGUUUGAAGUUGAAUGUGGCGAUUCUGAAAGAAAGAAGAAAUACUACCAGAUUUGGGAGGGCAAUAUGCAGACCAAGCAGAAACCCAAGAUCACCUCCCACUCUGGAGAAAGCUUCACAAAGAUCACAUUCUGGCCGGACUUAACUCGCUUUGGAAUGAAGAAGCUGGACAAGGACAUCGUGGGGCUCAUGUCAAGACGGGUGGUAGAUCUUGCAGGGACCACUCCAGCGAAGUGCAAAAUCUUCCUCAACGGCCAGAGGCUGGAUAUCAGCACCUUCAAGGACUACAUUCAAAUGUAUACUGGAACGGAAGAUGUGCAAAUAGCAGUGACCCUAGGUGGCUCCAGUGCACCCAACAAGAAGACAAAGCGGCUUCUCAACAUUCCCAAGCUGGAGGAUGCCAACCUUGCAGGCGGCAGAGAUGGCCGUGAGUGCACAUUGAUCCUCACUGAGGGAGACAGCGCAAAAUCUUUGGCUGUUGCUGGCCUGGGUGUCAUCGGGCGUGACCGCUAUGGGGUGUUCCCUCUCCGUGGGAAGAUUCUCAAUGUGCGUGAUGCCACAUUUGCGCAGACUAUGAGUAAUGCUGAGAUUGCAAACAUCACAAAAAUCAUUGGGCUGGAGCCGAAGAAAGAGUACCACUCAGCGAAUUCUUUGCGCUACGGCUCCAUCAUGGUGAUGACAGACCAAGAUUAUGAUGGUUCGCACAUGAAAGGCCUUAUUCUAAAUUUCAUUCAGCACUGGUGGCCAUCGCUAUUCCGACUGCCUGGCUUCAUGACAGAGUUUGUGACCCCGAUCGUCAAGGCAACCCGUCGUGGUUCAACCCAGCAAUUCUUCACUAUGCAAGAGUACGAGCAGUGGAAGGCUCAGAACCACAACGGCAGAGGAUGGCACUUGAAGUACUACAAAGGGCUUGGCACAUCUACGACUGCAGAAGCCAAAGAGUACUUCAGCAACAUCAACGAGCACAGCCUGUCCUUUCAGUACAAUGGCCAACAAGAUGAUGAAUCCUUUGACAUGGCCUUCAAUAAAAAGCGAGCUGACGACCGCAAGGAAUGGAUCAACGACGCAGACGAUGAGGAAUAUGUGGACCACUCAAAGGAUUCUGUGGGCUACACCGACUUCAUCAAUAAAGAGCUUGUGCAGUUUGCAAAGUAUGAUGUUCUUCGUGCAAUUCCAUCGUUGGUUGACGGCUUCAAGCCAGUACAGAGGAAGAUUAUGUGGGCGGCAUUCAAGCGCAACCUCAACCACGACACCAAAGUCGCUCAAUUUGCAGGAUAUGUCUCUGAAAAUGCUGCCUACCAUCAUGGCGAGAUGUCCCUUCAAGGUGCCAUUGUUGGCCUUGCACAGAAUUUUGUUGGCUCCAACAAUGUGAAUUUGUUGUUCCCCGCGGGGCAGUUUGGCACUCGAAUUCAAGGUGGUAAAGAUGCUGCAAGCGCUCGCUACAUUUACACUCGGCUAGAAAGGAUCUCCAGGCUCAUCUUUCAUCCUGCAGAUGAUGCCCUGCUUGAUGUUCAGGUCGAAGAAGGGCAGCGCAUUGAACCCAAAUGGUACAUUCCUGUAAUUCCCACCGUUCUGAUCAAUGGCGCUGAAGGCAUUGGAACUGGUUGGUCUACCUUCCUGCCAAAUUACCACCCGCGCGACAUCAUAGCGAACCUCAAGAGGUACAUUCGAUGCGAACCUGUGCAGGAAAUGUGUCCAUGGUACGCUGGCUUUAAAGGCAGCCUCGUAUUGUCGCCAGAAAAGUUGGGCUAUGAGUCCGUGGGGGUGAUAGAGAAGCUGGGCCCUACAACCUUGGAAAUCACUGAGCUUCCGAUCAAGAAAUGGACCGAGGACACGUCACUCUGUGCACAAGCAAUGUUGUCGACAGAAGGGCCUGGCAGUGGACAAAUUGAGGACUUCAAGGACUUGCCGCGCAUGCGUGAGAAGCUGGUUGAAGCUCAUGCGUGCAGAACUUCUUUUUGGUACUUUGCGAUACUUCUCAUUAUUUUGAUCAUUGGUUGCCUGAAGGAGUGGCACACAGAGGCCCGGUUCACAAGUUUUGGUACUCGGAUUAAAGUUGUCGGGCUGAGGAUGUUCUUUGACAAAGAUGGCAAGAUCAAGUGCGGGGCCCUUUUGAGAUCUUUUGGAGCUGUGCGAGAGUGGAAAAAGAAAGAAGGGAAGGGCCCUGACCUUGUUAACAGCACACUCGGCUGGAAAGAACUCAGGAAAUAUGCUGACGAAAGACAGAUCAUCGAGGAAUUCGCUGAGCUUCGCCUUGAGUAUUAUCACAAAAGGAAAGCUCACUUGGUGAGAGUCUUGCAGAUCCAGGCGGAGGUUUUGGCAGCCAAAGCUCGGUUUGUUCAAGAGGUCAUCGAUGAGAAGUUGAAGGUGAAAAAACCGCAAGAAAGACUCGUUGAUCGAGGAUCUUCGGAAGCAUGGCUUUAA